GGAGGAGGACUAAUGGAAGAAAUGAAUAAAUUACUGGCAAAAAGGAGGAAAGCAGCGUCGCAGUCAGACAAGCCAGCUGACAGAAGGGAAGAGGAAAGCCAAAACGAUGAUGCUAGCACCUCUCCUUCACCCAGUACACGAGGUCCCAGCCAGCAGCAGCAAAAUUCAUCAGACUCUGGGAAGAAGCCAUGGGAAAGGAGCAAUUCUGUUGAAAAGCCUGUAUCUUCACUACUUUCCAGGAUGAAGCCAGUGAGCAGCAGCAACGACGUGGCGAUGGAUGCCUUAGAUUUUGAUCGAAUGAAGCAGGAAAUAUUGGAGGAAGUUGUAAGAGAGUUACACAAAGUGAAAGAGGAGAUAAUUGAUGCCAUACGGCAGGAGUUGAGCAGGAUCAGUACCACAUAAUGACUGCACAGCAGCGGGACGGCGCGAAGGACGCGAGGGAGAGCGGCUCCCCCCCCCCGGGACCAACUUUCCAAGUGUACCAAGGUCACGCAGGGUGGUGAGAGAGGACACCGGCACUGUCUUUGUUCCUAUCCCCUUUUUAUUAGCAGACUCAGCACACUUUGAAGCUUGCUGCUGCCUUGGAUUCGCUUCAUUUUAAAAGUCUUAAUCGAAAGAAUAUUAAAUUUUAAAUUUCCGGAUUUUUUAGAUCUCAUCUGACACCGCACAUUGGAUUUGUCAGCCUUUUUUGUAUUUUGUAUUUGCUUAUUUAAAUGUAUUACCUUUCUUUUUAGUAGUAGAUAAGACCACACGUGAACCAUUUGCUUUUGAUAGAUGACUUCAAAGUAAUUUUACUAGUAGUCUGCGAUGUAAAUGAAGAUCCUUUGCCAACAGAAACGCAUUGUGGCAUCACCAGAAGAAACAGAGACAUGUUAGUUGUCAGCCAACGAGUUCUUUGUCUCAGAGUUAUCACGAUAUUUAAAAAGAAAUUAAAAAAUGGUACGUCAGUGCAUCACAGUAUCUGUGUUCAUAUUGGUAAUAAACUGUUUAUUGUCCACA